UGUCUCAGAAUAGUUUAGACACACACUCACAAAAUAUUCAUCUUUAGUAAUUUGCUCUCUCUACCUUCUUCAAACUCAGUUGCACAAUAUCCUUUUUUUAUCACUUAUCAUGGCUUCUAGUUCUUCAUCAACAACUCCCUGCAAAUAUGAUGUUUUUAUUAGUUUUAGAGGCAAAGAUAUCCGUAAGCGUUUUCUGUCCCAUCUCUUUGUUGCUUUGGAGCGAAAACAAAUCAACGCCUUCUUGGAUGAAAACCUUGAUAAAGGAGAAGAUAUCUCACCAGCUCUCUUGAAAAUAAUCCAAGAGUCAAGUCUCUCAAUAGUCAUUUUUUCUGAAAAUUAUGCAGAUUCUCCAUGGUGCUUGGAUGAGCUUGUGAAGAUACUCGAAUGCAAGGAAACUUUAGGACAAAUGGUCCUACCAGUUUUUUAUGAAGUAGAUCCAACUGACGUUCAAGAGCCGAGAGGAAAAUUUAAGGAGGCAUUUGAUAUUGCUAAGCGUGGAGAACAAGUUAAAGGCAGUUUACAAAAGGUGGACAAAUGGAAGCAUGCUUUAAUGGAAGUAAGCAACUUAUCAGGAUGGGAUUCACGAGAUAAGUAUGAGUCCAAAUUGGUUGAGGAAAUUGUCAAUGAUGUUUUGAAGAAACUUAGUCAUAUGUCUAAAAGUGAUGAUUCUUAUGAUGGCAACUUGAUUGGAAUUGAAUCGCGUGUGGAAAAAGUAGAACGGUUGUUAAAUGAUAAGCAAGUUGUAGGAAUUUGGGGGAUGGGAGGCAUUGGUAAAACCACAAUUGCAAAAGAAGUAUUUCAUCGAAACAAGAAUAAAUUUGAUGCUUGUCACUUUGUUGACAAGCAACCAUUAUGUGAAGAAGCAUUAAAUAGCAGAAGCAAGAUAUUCACUGUUUAUGAUGAUGUAAAUGAUCCUAUCCGUUUAAAAAGUUUAGCAAAAAAAUGGGAUUCAUACGGUGAGGGAAGUAGAAUCAUUGUAACUAGUAGAGACUUGCAAGUACUUAAAAAUGUUUGUUCAAGUGAAUGCAUAUAUGAGGUUGAGCAAUUAUGUAACUCUGAAGAUCUUGAACUCUUUAGCUUGCAUGCUUUCAAACAAAAUAAUCCCAAGGAGGGAUUUGUGGAGCUAUCAAAGAAAGUGAUAACCUAUGCUGGAGGCAAUCCAUUAGCUCUUAUAGUCUUGGGAUCUCAUUUAUUUGAUAUGGAGAUAGAAGAAUGGAAGAGUGAAUUGGAAAAUUUGAAAGGUCAAUCUCUUAAGAAUAUUCAAGAUGUUUUGAGAAUAAGUUAUGAUGGGCUAGAGAGGAAUGAAAAGAAAAUAUUUCUUGAUAUUGCAUGUUUCUUCAAAUGGAACCCAAAAGAUGAUGUUCAGAAAAUGUUAAAAGCAUGCGGUUUCUUUCCAGAAGGUCCAAUACGUCGCCUAAUUAAUAAAUCUCUCAUGAGUACCACUUUUGAUGUCGUAUAUAUGCAUGACUUGAUAGAGCAAAUGGGCAAGGAUAUUGUCAAUGAGGAAUGUGAACAGCCUGGAGGACGCAGCAGGUUGUGGAAUUAUGAAGAUAUUAGUCAUGUAUUAACGACGGAUACGGGAACUGAAAAUGUUGAAGCCAUAUUACUUAACAUGCAAAACAACGGUAAAUUGGAGGUAAGUUCCACGGCCUUCAUGAAGAUGUGCAAUCUUAGAUUCCUAAAAGUCGGGGAUGAUUCCACAGUAGGCGAAGUGCUCCUUCCUAACAGCUUGGAAUUUCUUCCACAAAAGCUAAGAUAUCUUUACUGGAUUAAUUAUCCUCUAGAGUCUUUGCCAUUAGAGUUUUGGCCAAAGAAUCUUGUACAGCUUCAUAUGCCUUUUAGCAACCUCAGACAACUGUGGGAUGAAGAUAAGCCUCUUGGAAAUUUGAAAUUAAUGGACCUCAGCAACUCUAUUUACCUGACCAGGAUUCCAAACUUGUCUAGUGUUGCCCCAAAUCUUGAGUUUUUAUAUUUGGAAGCAUGUUUGAGUUUGGUUGAAAUUCCCUCUCUUCAAAAUCUGAGCAAGCUUACCGUACUAAAUCUAUGUUGGUGCCUUGAGGUCACAGAUUCUCCAGAGGUUCCUUGUAAUAUAAGGAUUUUAACUUUAGAUGGAACUGCAAUAGAACAACUGCCCUCAUCAAUUGAGCAUCUAUCUCAGCUUGUCAAAUUGUCCUUGAAUGAGUGUAUAGAAGUAGUGAGUCUUCCAAGCGGCAUUUGCAAAUUGAAACAUCUUGAAGAACUCUCUCUCUAUGAAUGUUCAAGCCUCGUUAGUAUUCCUAGCAGCAUAGGUGAGUUGAAAUGUCUUAAAGAACUUUGUCUCGAUGAAUGCUCAAAUUUGACAAGUCUUCCAGAAAGCAUCAAACAACUUCCAAAGUUGAAACGACUUAAUUUAAGAGAUUGCAAGAGUCUAAGAUGUUUACCAGAGCUUCCAUCAUGCUUAGAAUACUUACAUGCAUCAGAUUGCAUCUCUCUGGAAUCUGCAUCAACUUCUUUCCUUUUCUUAGAACAUGAAGAUGAAAGUGAAGAAGCAGAUGAAAGUGAAGCAGCAGAUGAAAAUGAAGAUGCGGAUAUAUGUGAAAGAAAAGAUUUUUGUAAAGAUUGCAAACUUCUUGAUUUUGGUAAUUGCGUUAAUCUGGAUAAGAAUAAAGUUAUGGAGGAUGUAUUGAAAGCACAUCUUUUGGGUCAGAAAGUUAUAUUAUAUAUUGAAGGAGGUGAAGUGCCAGAAGGGAUGAGUUAUAAGAAUAAAAGUGGAUCCUCGCUUUCAUUCAGACUUAACCGUCGUCACUUAAUUGCCUUUUCUUUCUGCGUUGUUCUUCAUCCCACAGAAUAUUAUCGUAAUCCAGACAGCAUUAAAUGCAGAGUGGAUUUCAUAGAUGAAUCUGGAUACAGACAUAGCCGUGAUUUGUUUUUAUAUUACUAUGGGGGUUUGGAUGAGGAUGAUGAUUUGGAUUUUAAGGAUUCACCAGAACACGUAUUGCUUUCGUUCAGUGAUAAUAAAUUCGGCUAUGUUGAUGAAGAGUGUUUCAUUGAGGCCUCAUUUCAGUUCUCCAUUGCAGAUGCCGUGGAGUUAAUUACUGAGUGUGGGGUUCAUCCUAUAUAUAGUAGAAAUAAAAAGAGAAGCAGAAAUGAAGAGCAUUUGGAUGACGAGGAACACCAACGACCUCUUCAAAUAUUAAGAGAAGAAGAAUAAAUUAUGAGGAGGAAGAAAAGCAAGAGGAGGCUUCUUCUUCUUCUUCACUCAAUCUAAAUCUCUCACUAUCUCUUCCUGGUUCCUCUUGAUAAUUCUCUGCGUCCAACCAAAACCUACUCGCUAUCACAACAGCUCUAUCAUCACCUUAUUUGGUUCUUAAGUACAUGCUGCUCCAUAUUAAUCGCCAUUUGAGAAAGUGCUUUAAAUCAUACAUCAACAGGAGGAGAAAAGUUGAAUAAUAUUUUUGUAUAUCCAUAGAAGUGUGAAAAAUACAUCAAUAAUUUGGUUAUAAGAGGAUCAUACAACUCCAACAGCAAAAUGCUCAAAGUCAUCUUCUUGGCAGAAUUUCGCAGAGCUUCAUGGCAACUACAUCAGCUAGAAUCAAUGGAGGAACUUGUUUAAGAAAGAAUCUUGAAUGCUUAUUCUAGCACUUAUUAGCCUAGCAACCAGAUGAUUUCUGAUAGAAGAAGGCUUUAAAGCGGCUUAUGUUUUUCGUGAGGCUUAAAACGUAAACAAAAAUGGCAACGUCUUCCACUAAUUA